UAGUUCUUUUUCGAUACAUGAUGAAUAUUCAUACAAAAAAUUAAAGGAUUUGAAAAGAACUGCUUUUCUUUGAAAUUAGUUUAUAUAUUUGUGUGUUCAGUGGAUUUAUUUUUGGGCACAAUAUCAUUAUAAAGAUGUAUGUAACAUGAGAGGAACAUGUGAAUGUUAAAUGCAUGGUGUAUCCCAAUAGAUUAGAACAGUUUCCAUUCCAGUUCUAGAAGUCUGCUAUGGCACUUUUCUAACCUGCGCAUACUGUGUUACUAACUCAACAAAAUUGUUGAAUGUAAAUGAUUAACUCUUGGGAGUCUGAGUCACACACCCAACGUUAACUUGUCAGUUGAACAAAAAAAUGAGAUAAUAGUUGGUACUAGUCAUGGCCUCAAAUAAUGCUCCAGUCUCCGCCCCAACUGCAAGGCUCCCAAGGGCCUCCAUUCACACACCUCUGAAACCUGCAAGUGUACAAGAUCUGAAAGCUAAAUUUGAUCCUGGUAGUGUCUCUGGAUCUGCUGGGGAUGCAGACAAAUCAGCAGCUUCGUCUGCUCCUCUCAAGUUGAAAACUUCCCACAGCCCACUGUCUGAUAGGAAAGGUCCAUCUUCUGGCAGUGAGUCUCCCACAUUGGCAUCACCUAGCUAUAAGUCUUCUAGUGUUACCAUUUCAUCCCUCAGUUCAUCGUUGCAAGCUGCCGCGCAGCGAAAGAUAGGCUCCACUGCAUCAUCCACCACCCAGUCAUCUCUAAAGCAGAACUCCACAUUUACUUCUAAUACUCAGUCAUCCAGCAAACUUGUUGGGGCAUCAACCACGUCACAGCUGUCCUCGAAAGUGGUCUCGAACUCCACGUCUUCUGUAAAAGUGGACAGCAGCUCAAGCUCAGCACCAACCACAGUUUCAAAAGUAAUCUCUUCAGUAACAUUAACCACUGCCAGACCGUAUUCAGCCGCACAGUCUUCCAAAAUCAGCCCCGUUUCAAGCUUAAGCAAAAACAAUUCAGUCCAAGAAUCCACGACUGCAGCACCGUCGGCGGUCAAAAAAUGGGAACCGGGUCCAAAAAAUAACUCCACAACUAUCAAUCGCAACUCCACGAACACUCUGAUUUCCAGCGAUGGUAAACAUAUUUUUGAAAAAGACAAGGAUGGCCGGCUUGAGCUGCCUGUCAUGCAUAUUAUAUCCACAGGAUCAGACGUCAGUGUGCAAAUCGCUCCUAACACAUUAAUAAGUAACAAAUUUAGAAACGGCACAGAGCGGAAGACGGAGAUUGGUUCUCAUAUUGUGAACAAAAGUACAUCAGACCUUUUCAAUGCCAGUGUAGUGGGAGAUAAAGGAAAAAGUAGUUCUCAGGGGAAUAGUCCUAAGUUACAGAGAUCCACUCGACUGGUUGCCAGAGAAAUCAAAAUACAAAAAAAUGACGAAAGUUCAGGCAGCGAAAAAUGUAACUCAGCGCAGAGCAGCCCGCCAGUGCAAAGAACCAGUAGACUAGUGGCUAGGGAGAUUAAAAUAGAAAGACUGGAUAGCGGUGAACAGGUGACUACAUACAAACAGAAACCACAAGAGGCAGCAGCCAAAUCUCAACCCUCGAAAGAUAUCAGCAACAGCAAAGAUCUGAAUACCCGGUCAAAAGUCUUAGAAGUCAAAGUAGAAAGAGUCCAGACACCUAGCAGCGCAAAAGAGAAACCAGAAUUUACUCAGGUCAAACUGAGGAACGUCAAAGCUUUACGGGAAGAGAAUGAGCAGCAGCAGAACAAAGGAGCCCUUCCUGAUUCAGAGAAGAGACUCUCCCGUAAAAUAAGCAGUGAACGAUUUGAAAGACUGAUGUUUGAUUUUCAGCGAGGUGUUCCCACAGAAGCAAUACCCUGGGCUGAAUCUGAAACUGAUCACAUUAUUCUUCAGCAGAAGGCGCGUGAGCUCCACAAGGUGGACUUGGAAGAGGAUGUGCCAAUUAUAAUCAGGAAGAAAAAAGAGGAGUCCAUUUUUACGGAAGGGCUGAAGGUCUCAGACUUCGUCAAACAGGUGAAUAAGAUGAACCCUGAAGCGGAAGGUCCGCCAAAGUGGAAAAUUCAGAAAGCCAGAAGCCAGACGAGCUCCACCGCCUCCAGUGAUGUUGGGGGUGACAACUUCUAUCAAGGGAUACCAGGGGAAGAGGAAGUCAAGUCAGCAAGUGAUGGAGAGGAUGACAUUUACGAAACAGUGAACCAAAGAGUUUCAGUUACUUCCACAGAAGAAUCGCCAAAUGAAAUUGGUAAAGUACCCAGCAGAAGAUUAGGUGUUUACAGCCAAAUGAAACAUUUUAAAAAAAUUGCCAUUCAAAGACUGAAACAAAGAGGAAGCAAGAAGAAACAGAAAACUUCUACUGAAUCUGUCGGAGACUCUGAAGACAAAACAGCUCAGUCAGAUGGUGAACAAACAAAUGGCAGCAGUUCAGGGACAGAGUAUGAGGAUGUAGAGGCAGAGAGUGACAGCGGUGCUACUGAUGACAAAGACUGUUUUUACGAAGACCUAGAAGAGUUCAAUAAACCCGCCAGCAGUGAACACAAGAAUAAAACUUUGGGUAAAAAGUUGAAGAACAUUUUCUCCAACAAGAAAGGCAAGAACAAAAAAUCUAAACCUUCAGUUGAAUCAGCUGGCACUGAUUCAGAAGGAGAUUUUGUUGAAGAGGUGGAUGACCUGGAUAAUGAUGUAGUGGACUCUAUAUCCAGAACCAGUAGUGAGAGAAGCAGCGGCCGUUUCACUCGAGAAGACAUCACACUGAGCAGCAUAUCUACAGCAUCAGCAGCCACAACGUCCUCCUACUCACAGGAUCUGUCCACAGUUGCUAACAGCCAGUCCUAUCCUCCUAUGGCUUCCAACAUGCCGCCACCCCCUCCCCUUCCUCCACGAACAUCUAAAGUAUUAAAUCAGCCACCAGAGAACUCACCCCCUCUCCCACCCAGGAAUCCAGCCCUGUCCAACAAGGCCACCCUUGGAGUGAGUCUAGAUACUGUUGUUCCUGUUUCUCCGCCAGCACCCCGAUCUUCUGGAAACUUUUAUGGGAAUAAGAAGAAAGACAGGUUCUCCUUUGGUUCAGAUCUUUCUGAUUUGGCACCAGCUUCUGGGAAAUCAGACUAUGUUGAAUGUGAGCCAGCACUUGUGUCUUCAGUGGAGAAGUUGGAAAGAACAGAUUCCACCAAUAGGAAGAAGAAAUCCAUUUUUGGCCGAAAGUCAAGCAAUGCCAGUCGACCUUCCUCUUCAGCAUCAUCUCUAUCAGCUUCAUCUUAUGUUUAUCCUGACAUCAGUGCUUUCCCAGAGCUGAAAGGAGGUGGCAGUGAUGAGAACCUUUAUGUUGAUCUAGAAGAUGAGCAUAUCUAUGGCAGGACAGCAGAUAUCUAUGUCAGUAGAUUCCAGUCAGAACCUUUGUAUCAGUGGUACAGUAAAGACAAGAUGAUUAAAAGCAUUAGAUCUGAUAAAUCAACAGCAGAUGAGCUGUCAGAUGAAGAUUACCUGGAAAAUGAGAAAAAAACAGAAUCACUCUAUGAAGAUGUUGAGAGGCUGCUUGAGAAAACAUUUAGCAAUUCCAGUAUUUCAACAGUAGCUGAUCAGGCCAAAAAAGAAAAUAAAGAAAUUGACCCUGCAAGUUUGUCUGCACCCAAUGCCAAGGAUAAACCUCAGCGGAGAUCUGUUAUUGAAGAUGUAUUUAAAAGAGGCGGAACUCUUCACCGAGCAUUAUGGUGUCAGAUGCCAGAGGUUAUUGAAAGUGGCUUGUUACAGACUCUGUCUGAUCAGGAAAAGAAAAUUCAAGAGGCAAUGUUUGAGAUAAUGACUUCUGAAGCCUCUUACUUGAAGUCCCUCAAAGUGCUCAUUAAUGUCUUUGUUCUGGCACCUGAGUUUUCAGCAGAAUCAUCAGAUAAAGGAGUCAUCUCGAGAAGAGAUCGUCAAAUUUUGUUUUCAAAUAUUGGUCACAUCAAGGACAUUAGUGAAGAAUUUUUGAAAGACCUGGAAGCUAGAUGGCAAGAGUCUUGUCACAUGAAGGAUGUUUGUGACAUUAUUUACCACCACGCAUCUACCAAGUUUGAGCCGUAUGUUAGAUACUGUAGUAAUCAGGCCUUUCAGGACAGAAUGCUCAAUAAUCUGAAGCAAAAGCCAGAAUUCAAUGAAGCUGUAAAAAAAUUGGAGCAAAAUCCAGAAUGUCAAUUUCUUCCCUUGGCCUCGUUUCUGUUACUUCCCAUGCAGAGGAUUACACGUAUGCCACUUCUUGUAGAUGCCAUAUGUCACAGGCUAGAGGCUGGCACUCCCAAACAUACUAGUGCUAAGAAAGCUUUGGACAGUCUCACAAAGGUUGCCAAACGAUGUGAUGAGGCAGCUAAAAAGAUGCAGCAGACAGAACAGAUAUGUCUCUUGGCCUCAAAUCUUGAGUUUAAAGUCAAGGAAUUCCCUCUAGUUUCGUCAUCACGUUUUCUGGUCAAGCAAGGGGAGAUGACACUUAUCAAGAGCGAUGGGACAUCUCGUAAGCCACUGAGUAAGUUGCUGGGCCCACAGAAAGAGCAUGUCUACCUGUUUCUUUUUAAUGACAUACUUUUGGUGACAAAGAAAAAAGGAAAUACUUACCAAGUGCGUGACUACUGCCAGAGAAAUGCCUUGUGUAUUGAAGCCAUAGACAACCCAGAAAAGUCUAGACACUUUACUUCAGCAGCGGCAGCAGGCGUUCCCAAUAUUUUGUUGCUAGCUAUGUUGCUGAACCAUGAAAAUAAACAAGUGGAACUGAUCCUGUCCUGCAAAUCUGAGAGUGAGCGAGCUCGUUGGAUCGAUGCUUUAUCACCUUCACAGACCACAUCUGACAAUGAAAGAAUUUAUGAUUUCUGGGAUUGUCCACAGUUUCAGUGUGUUAGGAAAUAUAUUGCUCAGCAGCCGGAUGAGAUUACGUUAGAAGAGGGAGAUGUCAUCAAUGUGACUCGCAAAAUGGCUGAUGGCUGGUGUGAAGGGGAAAGAAUACGAGAUGGAAAUAAAGGUUGGUUUCCUGCUAGUCAUACUGAAGAAAUCAACAAUAGUCAUGUGCGAGCCAGAAAUCUAAGGUUGCGCUACAGAUUGUUGAUAGCAUCUCAAGAAUUUUCUCAAAAUGAGUUAACAAGACAUUAAUAACAUUUCUUUAAGAAGCAUAAUCUUGAGCUACUUUCUAGUAGAGUCCUGUUUGUUUGUGUAGUUUUUAAUCCAGAUUUUAUGUCUGUUUACUUCUUUGAUUAGGGAGCACUAUUACAUCUAAUGUAUAUUGUUGUUUUUUUUACUUGUAUUAGAAUAACAUCUUGUAUGGUGUAAUAGUCAAAUCUAUGAAAUGGUGUGGGGGACAUUUUCAACCAAGAAACAUACUCAGCAUUGUCAGCCUAUUCAUGUAGAAAGGAAAGUUUUGUUAUAUUUUUUUUAAGUUUUAAAUAGAUUCAAGUUAAUGUAACAUUUUGUAUUUUUUAAUACCUAGGCCAAUGCUUGUAACUUGAUGAAGUGCAAUUAACUUGAAUGCUGAGGUCUGUGCCUGUACCAAUGUAUUCAUUACUCUAUAGUGACUUAGUUCUUUGUAUGUGUGCGUGUCUCAUUGAAAGCUUAAAGUGGCAGUAACUUGUACAGUUUAUCAUCAUGGUACAUAGACCUAGUUCAUGUGGACCACUUCACAAUGUCUAAAAAAAAAGUAUUUCACAAUUUUGUAAAAGUCAUUGUUGGAAGUGUACAGGCAAACCAAUUAUAAUAUUUGUAUAAAACUUCAUGGUUCCACUGUUUUCAGCUUCACUUUACCAGCAUCUAGAGCUGGAUCAGAUUGGUAUAAUAUGCAUUUUAAAAUAACAAGAGUAUAUCUGUUGCAUGAAUGUGUUCAGACAAGGUUUUGUAUGCAACAUCUAUAUGGUUGGUUAUAUGAAUGUGAACUCUGACAUCUACUGUAUAGAUUCCUUUGAAGGGGAAAUUUUAGUAUUAAUAUCUUAACCAUCAGUGAUAUCUUAAUAUUUGUAAGUGUUGCUCAUUUGAUGCAUUGUUUUGUACAGAAUGAUUUUUGUCCUUGAAUUAAAAUUGUACUAGGUUGAAUUCUUAAGUGUUAAAUUCAAAACGUUAAUCUCAGAUUAAAAACUUUCUACUUACAUUAGCAACCAUCUACUUACAACAUUUAUUUUUGUCUUUAUAUUUUUUUUUAUUAUGUGCAAUAAUACAGGCCUAACUGUGAAGUUAACAAAUUACAACAGGUUCCUUUUCGGAACCAAAGUUUUGACCAAAAAAUAUGCACUGUUUCUAUAUUUCAAGAUUUCAUUAACCCAAAAAAAAAAAGAAACACUGCAAUAUAUAUUUUUAAAAAAAAAUAUGAUGUCGCUGUCUAAACAUUUAUUAUGCCAAAUAUUGUGAUUCUUAUGACUCUCUGUACAGAAGCACAACAACAACAAUACAAUAAUUUAUUUAUUUCAUCUAAAGCAUGUAAAGAAGUAAGUUCUACUUCUUACUUCAAUGAUUAGCAUUUAGGACAAGAUUAUGAUGCUUGACACUUCUUUCUACUUUAAUAACCUCUUUUCCUAGAAAAAAAUGUUCAAAUUAAAAUAAAUUCUAUUCAUUUAUGUAUGCCCAUUUUAUUUAGCCCCCAAAAACUUUCUAGAUAUUUUAACCAUAAACAAUCUUUUUUUUUUAGAUCCAAUACAAAUUUGCAACUAUUUGAUCACAUUCCUUCAUGUUUGAAAUAACAAUUUUUGUUAUAUUUGCUGUUCAAAAUAUCUUUUAAUAGUAAUAUAUUAUCAAUUAAUCUCACUUGUCCAUGCUUGUAAUGGUUGUCUAUGAGCAGUUUUUGUAAUAAGAUAACUAUAACAUUUCUUUUGAUAAUUUUAUACAUUUUUCAAAUCAUUGAUGGCAAUGAGCAAAUAAAAUUAUUGGGAUUUUCAAGAAAGAAGACAAAUAUUUUUUUUCUUUUCAAAUUGUGUAUUUUGAGAUUGUAAAUAUUAGUUAUGUCAAGUUAGUUAUGACUGUAUAAUAUUUUUAAGCUAUUAUUUAUUGUGGAUACAUAUUUUGAAUGCCAAAUUUCAUCCCAAGAAGAUUAUAGUGCUAAAUGAUGGUAAGUAAAUUGAUGUUGUAUUCAAACAUUGCUAUGCGUACAUUGUGUUCACUUCUGGUGUUGAGUUCAACAACUACUUUUAAUUUGGUCAGUAUUUAAUGUAGUGAGUGAUGUUGUCUUCUUUUUUAAACUCUGAAACUUACACAAACAUUGUGUUCAUUUUGUUCAGUAAUUAUUUGUAGAAAUAAAAGAUUGGAUUUUGUUUUCUUGCUCAGAAGAUUUGCUCACAUAACUUGUAGUGAAACUGAAGGGAUUUCUGGAAACUAGAUGUUCUUCUUGCGAAGCUGUUGCUAUUUUUCAUUUUGUUUAUUUGCAUGCUCUCAUUUCAAACUACUUAACACUGUAAGAGGCUAUUGACAAAAAGCAUAUUAUUUCUCCUUGUGAUGACAGAUUUUGAUCAUUUCUGUAAUGCCCUUUUUAACUUACAUUUUUAAGACUGCGUACUUUUAUGAAACACUGCACUCAGCCUUCAAAAUCGAAGACAUUGCCAUUAAUACUAAGACUUUAUCAGUAGCAUUAAUAUUAUUCAAAUUGGAAUAUUUUUAUUUCGUUCACAAAGAUUUUUAGUUUUCAAAAAGAUUUGUGUUUUUAGAAAUAUUUUCAAUUAAAAUUGUUGGCAAAUAAAGUAUAUGGCCUUUUAAAAUAAAAUUUAAAAAAAACAUAGUUAUUUAAUUUCUCAAUAAUUUAACAUUUUAGGUCAUUUGAAACAUAUAUUUACCAUUACAAAGUAGCUAUGAAUAAGAUAUGCUUGCCAUCUAAUCUACAACUACAUUGAACUCUUGUAUAAUGCUCUUUGCCUUCUUGCAACAAAUCAGCUUCCUAGAAUUGUGUAUCAGUUUCCAUCAUUACAGUGUAAGACCUCUGAAAGAACAAUUCAAUGCAUGUAUUAUAUUUAAAUAUUUGUAUUAAGUAUAAACAAAAUUAAAUGUUUACUUAUUUUGCUUUUUUUUUUAUUUCAAAAAGCUUACUAUAUAAAAAUAAAGAAAUAUGACAAAUAUAACCAAUUAUUAAUUUUUAACAUUGUAAUACUUUAAGAGAGUCCAUAUUUGUCUUUAGGAGCACGAUGAGAAAAUGAAAUGUUUAUUUAAAUUAAAACUCAUCAGUUUUAACCUUUGCUACUGAAAUCUAUAUACAUAUAUUAUUUGUCUUUCAUAACAUUCCAUGUAUUGUUAAUUCUGAAACAACUUUGUGCAAGCAGUACCAUCCAAAAGUUGAUUAUCCAAAGCCUAGUAAUGUAUCCAAGUGACAGUAAGCAGACCAGUAAUAAGGCUUUACACGAAAAAUGGUCUAAAGUUGAGCACCACAUUUGAGUUUUACUUUUUCUUUUAAUUUUGUUGUUUUAUUUUCAAACUAAAUAAAUGAUCAAUGUUCUUUUUUUUUUUUUUUUGGCCAGAAUGUUCAUCCUAUGUAUUUUUACAAAAAUAAUGACUAUUCAAAACAUAAAUUAAUAUUUAAACUAUUUUUUUGAAAGACUAUAUCUUUGAAUCCUUGCUGAGUCCUGCAAAUGUUUGAAUGAAAUUUGUAUUACUAGAAAUUUGUUUUCUUCAGCAGGCUUAAUUCAUAAAUUUCAUGAGUGAAAUAAAAGACAUACUUUAAAAAAUUUUGUUAAAAAGUAACAAAUCAUAACACAAUGGGGUAAAUAUAGAUAAUAAAUUCUGGAGACAUUUGUGUUUAUUAUAAGGAAAGAUGUAGUUGUAAUGUAUUCAAUAAUGUUAUUAGUGAUUCUGUUCUAGUUGAUUAAACUAUAAGUUGAAUCUCGGUCUGCUUUGUACUUUGUUGGCCUUCACUGAACUAGUUCCCCAUGAAUCAGUGUGGACUGAUGUAUUAAAUGUGUUUAUAUCAUUGCAUGUUUGGACUUUUUGAGAGUUAUGUGUUGAAAGCACAAGCAAAUGAAGUGUCAGUAUGUUCAUCUCACAAGCAAAGUCAGACAUGUUCAUUACGAAUUGUCUGUUACGUCCUUGUCAGAUUUCAUGCUCUCGCCAGAUUAUGUGUGAUGAGAUGCUUACCAAUGAUGUCAUAAAUCAUAUGUAAUAAACAUUCAUCGUGUUGGAUAAGUUGGAUGUGAACAUUUAAAAAAAAUAUCUUUACGACCACCAUCUGACAUAUGUAUUGAUGCCAAGCUCAUCUCAUUGUGAAUCUAUUCAAAUUUCCAACACCUGAGUGUGUGUCUCCAUUGUUACUCUCUGCCACCACUCAUUGGGGCACCUGUGUACAAUGUCAAGAAAGAUAGUACAUACUAUCAUUGUAAAAAGUACUAUUGUUCCAGGUAAUAUGUAGCUCCUCUGAGAUGUUUAAACAUUGUUGAUUUUAAGUUUUGUUGUGUAAAAAAACAAAAACAAGGGACAAAAAGCAUUCCCAUUACUUAAACAAAAAAAUUUGUACUAUCAGACUGAUUUAUCUUUUCAAGUUGUUAAUUUAUUUAUACUUUACACAUUAGAAUGAAUUGAUAAAAGAUUAAUCCCUGAUUAUUCAUUAGGAGAAUCACAAUCCUUAGUAAAUACACUUCUUGAGAAAGUCCAUAUUAGAAUUUGUGUAUUUUUCAUUCUAGAAAUGUUUAUUACAUUUUCAAGGCUUAAGUGUUUAGCCACCUCUAAUUAAUGUGGGUACACAAAGGCAUAAUAGCUUAGAUUUUUUAAAAAAGUAUUACAUGACAAAGUUUCACAUUCAAAUCAUUAUUUGUGUUUCUUAGUGUAUUUAAGGUAAUCAUUUGUACUAAUCAAAAUUGUAUUUAAUUUAAUUUUCAUACCUGGAGAUAAUAAAAUAAAUAAUCAAAUUC